UGAAGGAGUCAGCUGACUGGAUUGUGUUUGCGUUGUUGUUGAAGUCACUGAACUGGAUGAUAAAAUACACUUCAUAAUUUCGCCUAAAUUAAUUGAGUUGCUGCAAAGUAUUGCUCACUCCAACCAUGUUGCGGCCAAAAGCAUUGACGCAAGUUCUCAGCCAGGCAAAUACAAGCGGAGUACAAAGCACACUAUUGUUAAAUAAUGAAGGGUCUCUUUUGGCUUACUCUGGCUAUGGGGACACUGACGCUCGAGUGACCGCUGCCAUCGCAAGUAACAUCUGGUCGGCCUAUGACAAGAAUGGGCAUCAAGCUUUUAACGAAGAUAAACUGAAAUUCAUUCUGAUGGAUUGCAUGGAAGGCAGGGUGGCCAUCACACGGGUAGCUAACCUACUGCUGUGCAUGUAUGCCAAAGAGACAGUGGGCUUUGGAAUGCUUAAAGCCAAGGCUGAAGCGCUGGUACUGUACCUGGAGGAACCUUUAACCCAAGUUGCUGCAUCAUAGGGGAAGUCUGGCUGGAGCGUUGUCUUCAAUUUUGUCUCCCGUGAUAAUACAUGAACACUUGUUGCUUAUGUGAAUGCUUCACCUGGUCUUCAUGAACCACCGCAGUCUGUGUAUGAAUGAACUGAGUAUUUGUCUUCUGAUUACUGUAUUUAUACUCCGUGUGCUCUAACUUAAUGCUUGAGUUUAGUAAUUUGGCCAUUUGUGGCAUGCAGUUCAAAUGUCAAGUUCACACAUUGUGUAAGGCUAGCUAUGUAAAUCUUCAAUGAAUUUCACUGCCUGCAAGAGGACUCCUUUCCCAGCUGCUGAAAAUGCUGACACAUUAACUUUAAGGCAUUCACUGUUCACCCUAGUCAGAAUAUUACAUUUGUCUGUUGUUGCCACGCAAUACCAUUUGUGAUAUCCUUUUGUAACAGGCUAUCCAUAAACUGUAUUUUUUUUCAAUUAAAAAUCUAUACUUUU